AUGGAAAAAUCAUCAACAAUUCAACAAAAAGUGGCCGCAACUACUGCUUCAGUACUCACCAAUGCAAAUCAAAAAGCUGAAGAAACUCAUCAAAUAUUAGAUCAGGAAGCUGCAAACACAUUGAGUCGUGGAAAUGGUGGAAAUCAACAUAGAGAGUUGGUAAUUAGCAUCAAAGAAAUGGCCGUUGAAAGCGGCUUGGAGCUGCCUCCCUCAUCAAACGAGUGUUGUAUCUACAGGAUUCCAACUCAUCUUCGCAAAUUGAAUGAGGAAGCCUACACUCCUCAAGUUAUAUCGAUAGGGCCUUUCCACCAUGACAGCAAAAGACUAGAACCCAUGAAAAAGUUGAAACUGAAAUAUUUUCAAAGAUUCCUGCGGCGGAUUGAGAACUUCAACGUACUAGAUAUUUUAGUAAACGACAUAAAGGUGCAAGAAAAAAGAGUGCGUGAAUGUUAUGCAGAAACCAUCAACCUUAGCAGUGACAAUUUCGUGAAACUAAUUUUGGUGGAUGGGAGCUUUCUUAUUGAGUUUUUCUACAAUAUAUUAAGCUCCCAAGGAAGCGAUGGUGUUGUUCGUGAGAACCGUACACUAUUAAACCCAAUAUCAUGGCCAGCAUUUAAGUUGGACUUGCAGUUACUUGAAAAUCAACUUCCCUUCUUUGUUCUUGAGAUAUUAUUCAGCCAUGCACGUUUAGCAAAUUAUCGAUUACAUUCCUUCUCUUCGCUUGCCAUUUAUUUCUUUGAGGUGACUCACGGUCAGAAAUUGCCUCAAAAUCUUGCAGCGAAUGCAAGACAUAUAGUUGAUUUGGUCAGAGCACUUCGUGUUCCAUCACCUAGAAAGCUAUUGUCAACACAUGAAAGUAAUGAUCUUGCUAGUGCUAAUCAUUUAUAUUCUGCAAGCCAGUUGGAUGAGGCUGGUGUGAAGUUUAAGACUACAUUGUGCUAUUGA